AUGAAAGAGUCUUUCAGUAAUGGUAGCGAGGUUCUUUUGAACUUUGAAGCUUUCGGUUCCAAUUUCGCCUUCCAAAGUCCCUCCGGUUUUCCCUUUUUUUUCAAGCACCAUAGCCCUCCUGCGAUUCACCAGCUCGCCGCGCAGAUACUGAGCCACCGUGCCAGUUUUGUGAGCCCCGUCAAAGUCUCCGGCUAUUUCUCAUCGAUUAGCCGAGGAAGAAGAGUACCGGAAGGCACGCGCCGCCGUGAAUCGAAAAGGCGUCGAAUUGGAGAGUUACGCCAUCGCAGGGGUUUCCGUCGGUGGCCACGAGACCUGCGUCAUCGUCUCGGAGCUCAAAUUGCGUCUUUGAUAUCGGAUGGUGCCCUUCACGCGCUAUCCAGCAGAAGUUCCUUUUCAUCACUCACGCUCAUCUUUGAUCACAUCGGUUAUCUUAUCUACUCGGUGAGGAACAAGUUGAAGAAGCAGUAUGGUCACCUCAAAGGGAAACAGAUUGAGAAGAUUAAGAAGUCUGGCGUUGAGAUUACAGACAUGAUAUUGUCCCCUGAGAUAGCUUUCACUGGAGAUACAACUGCAGAGUAUAUGCUCGACCCUCGUAACGCUGAUGCGUUGAGAGCAAAAGUUCUUAUAACCGAGGUGAGUUUCUGA